AUGAAAUUAUCUAAUACAAGAAAAUUCAAAAUUGCAUUUAAAAAACAAAGGAAUAAGGAACUUACAAAAAUUGUAAAAAUUUUUGAAUUCAAAAAACAACAACAAACUAAAGACAAAUUCUAUAUAGAAAGUAUCUUCAAUACUCAAAAAAAUAUCUCAAAAGUUGUAACUAUUUUAAAAAAUUUUAGAGAAACUUUUGAUUCUUACUUUAAAUUGCUUUGUUUCUGA